CCCCUUCUGCCAUCUCCCUCUGUCUCCUUCCCUCCAAGAGACUUCUCUUUAUUAGGAGAUCCGGGAAGCGCAGACUCGUCUCCUGCAUUACUGACACACUGCGCACAGGCGUCUGAGCAUCAGCCCCUCAUUUCUGCCCAAUUUCUCUGCAUCUUUACCUCACACAUCUGCUUCAUUUUGAUACUGGAUCCGCGCCCCCAACAGCAUCAGCAGGCGGCAGGUAUUCAAAAUGGCAGAAGUGGAGGGAUUAAUGGACAGGCUGGAGAAAGCUGUAAUUCGACUUGAAUCUGUGCUUUCAAGUUCUUUUUCUUCCAACUCAGCAGACAAAAAUAUUCUUAAUGGCAUAAAUGGAGGUGUCGCCCCAUUUGUCGAAGCUUUUGAUGCGCUGAUGGCAGGGGCCUUGGAGGAAUAUCUCAAGAAUAGUAAAGUUCUUGGUGGUGAUGUAGAGGCACAUGCUGGAAUGGUGGAAACCGCCUUCAAAGCAGAAAGAGCAUUUUUGGUAUUUGCUUCGCAACACCAGCAGCCCCCUCAGGCAGAGGAGUCCUUCAUCCUAAAGCCAAUUUCUGAAAAAAUCCUUGAAAUACAGUCAUUUAGAGAAAAAAAUCGUGGAAGUCAAAUGUUCAACCACCUUUCUGCCAUCAGCGAAAGUGUACCAGCGCUUGGUUGGAUUGCCAUGUCCCCAAAACCAGGUCCCUAUGUCAAAGAGAUGACUGAUGCUGCUACCUUUUAUACUAACAGGGUACUUAAAGAUUACAAAAGCACUGACUCACACCAUGUGGAUUGGGUCAAAUCAUACUUGAAUAUUUGGAGCGAGCUGCAGGUGUACAUUAAGGAAUAUCACACUACAGGAGUUUCAUGGGGAAAGGCUAUAAUCUCAAUCCCACCAACUGCCAAAGGAGCCGCUCUACUGCAAAAAUCAUCUGAGUCAAGUGGUCCACCCCCUCCUCCUCCCCCUCCUCCACCUCCAUGUCCUCCUCCAAUGGCUGAUUAUCAGGCUUCUAAAGCCAAAGAUGAUGUUUCUCAAGAUCGCUCUGCAUUGUUUGCUCAGCUAAAUCAGGGAGAAGCAAUUACAAAAGGGCUCCGACAUGUUUCAGAUGAACAGAAGACUCAUAAAAAUACUAAAUUGCGGAGCCAAGGUGGACCAAGUAGAUCCCCUACAAAAAGUCACACCCCAAGCCCAACUACACCUCCUGCACAUCAGUCUUAUCCUCCAUUGUUGGAACUGGAAGGAAAGAAAUGGAGAGUGGAAUACCAGGAGGGAGUACAAGGCCUUGUCAUUUCUGAAACUGAACUCAAGCAAGUGGUUUAUAUUUAUAAAUGCAAGAAAACAACCGUACAAAUUAAAGGCAAAAUAAAUUCAAUCAUAAUAGACAACUGCACUAAGCUUGGACUUGUGUUUGAUGAUGUUGUGGGCAUUGUAGAAGUAAUUAAUUCCAAAGAUAUUGAGAUACAGGUUUUAGGAAAAGUGCCAACCAUUUCAAUUAACAAGACAGAUGGAUGCCAUGUAUAUCUGAGUGAGAAUUCAAUAGACUGUGAGAUUGUGAGUGCCAAAUCAUCAGAAAUGAACAUCCUUGUUCCGCACGAUGGAGAUUAUAAAGAAUUUCCUGUUCCUGAACAGUUCAAGACAUCAUGGAAUGGUUCCAAGUUGGUCACUGAGCCUGCAGAAAUGAUGGGCUAGUCUGGCGCUGUAUGUUUUUCUAGGAGCACCAGCCUGACAGAGAGUGUUUCAUUUCAUCAUAGUUGGCAAUGCCUGCAUUACACUUGCAGAGCACUGCUUGUACCUUCAACAUGAAGAAUGGUUCAUAGUAUGGACUGAAUUCAUAUUGCUUUUGUGGGCAUUUAGUAAUUACACACAGAAUAAUUUCUAAUAAAUGUAACAUUUACUGUG